CACACAUGGAUGAUGUUAUGAAUGUUUACGUGUACUUUAUAUUUGGUAAAUAUGUGUUAAUAACCGAUACAGUUAUUGACUUCUAAUUCAGACACGACAAAUUUGCUGACUUCAAUAGGCAACCAUGUUGUACUUACAUGAGGCCCUAGUUUGUCUUAUCUGUUCCAGACUUUUCAGAGGGAAAGAGUAACGUCAAGGUUUGACUUCAAUUAUCAGCCCGUGUUGAUUGCAUCAUUUCCUGACAGAAGAUGGAGAAUUAACAGAUCUGCAUUUUGACACUCUCAUGUAGGAUUUUCUGGAUUGUCAAAUGGAUUUGACAAGAAUCAACAUGGAUUUACAAGAAAUGAGUUGCUGAUACGCCAAUAUUACAAAAUGCCAAGUCUGUCAUCAUUUUCAACUUUCAUUGAUGUGAACACCAUCCUGUAUGAGUUCCUUCUGUACGCUGUUCUCAGUGUCGGAGAUUUCCUGUUGGCAAGAGAGUAUGAAAACCUCCAUUUUAGAAUCUUCACAGACAGUUUGACACAUGGACUUGUGGGGUUUUUCUCCUGGGCUAUUGUGAUUGACCUCCGACCUCCGACCUCUGACCAAUGGGUCAAGGGCUUCGUCCAGUGUAUAAUUUGUAUGGGACUGGCCAUGCUGGUGGACGUGGAUCACGUUAUUGCAGCACGAUCAAUAAACCUUCACGAUCUUACCUCAUUACCCAGCAGGCCACACUUCCAUGCAACGACCAUCAUCAUCCCGAUUGCGGUGAUCCUGUGGACGCUGGGCGAUGUUUACAGGGACAGUUUCUUUGGGCUACUGUGUCCUCUGUUCAUUGUAGCCUGGCUUUCACAUCAUAUACGGGACGCGGCAAGGCGUGGUCUGUGGUUACCUCCCUUUGGUAGCACUCCUGUACUGUCACAAUCGUUGUAUAUUGUAACCUUAAUGGCUCUUCCUUUAGUUGUGUGGUUUUUAUUGCGGAUUUCGAAAUCAAAAAUAGUACAAACAGAUGUAACUGUUGCUGUUGAUAGUACAACACCGUGAUGUUCUCUGCUUUAAUUGAUCCAAUUUUGACAUUUAAUAAAUGUAUUCUAAUUAACUCACUUAUUACCCCUGAAGACGCCUUUGAACUUUUCCAAUUCGAAGGUUGGAAUAGUCCAUUAUGAAGUAUCAGGGGUGAAUGAGUUAAAGCUUGGUUAAGUUUUUACCCCAAAUGAAGUUAAGUUUAUUUUUAUUUUUAUUUCUAAAAGAAGCUUUCCAGCUUCUCUUGCGGUCAUCUUAUUAUUAUAUCUUCAUAACAAAGUUAGAUGGAGGGGAUUUUUAGGAAUCGGGGUAUAUCCAUCUGUUUGUAGAUUACUGUUCCAGACAGUACUGUAUAGAUUGCAAUGUAUGCCUGCAUGGCCCCUACCUCAGAUUUCCAUAUUUUCUUCGUAGAAAAUUUGAAAAAAAUACAGACGGUAGUAUUUUGACACUGGUUUUCACAUU